UUGAGUAUUACUGGUUUAAUCACUGUUGCUCUCUGGUUUCCCGAGGACAGCCCAGCCAAAGUCUACAAGUCGUCACCACCGAAGGAGUUUGGUUGUCGACCUCCGUUCACUAGGUCACACGUGAUUCAGAGGAGUGGCGGAAAAUUUCAUCUCCUUAUUGGAGUGACAGGAAGUGUUGCGGUUAUCAAGUUGGAAGAGCUGAUUCAAAAGUUAUAUGAGAGUUGUCCUGAGAAUAAACUACUAAUAAAGAUAGCCAGUACAAAAUCAGCUAUGGUUCUUUUGGAUACUCAGGAUUUCGAUAUAGAUGAGAUUAUUUAUGAGGACCGUGAUGAAUGGUCAAUGUGGCGAGGUCGUGGUGAUCCCGUUUUGCACAUAGAGCUUCGGAAAUGGGCAGACGCUAUGCUUAUUGCACCUUUAGACGCAAAUAGUCUUGCAAAAAUUGCUGUUGGAAUUAGCGACAAUCUUGUUACGUCCAUUGUUCGAGCUUGGGACCCAAGGAAACCACUCUACUUUGCUCCAGCUAUGAACACAAUGAUGUGGGAGAAUCCCCUUACAUUCCAGCAUAGAAAUACCCUUAAAGAUCUUCUCAGAUAUAAGGAAAUCCCACCAAUGGAAAAAGACCUGGUAUGUGGUGAUACUGGCAUGGGUGCAAUGGCUACUACAACAAUGAUCGCCACAGUAAUAGCAACCAUUGUUCGAAAUAGGUUUGCGGUGUACACCAAAUGUGAUUUUGAUCACCCAUGA